UUUUCGGCGAAUUCAUAGUCGUGCACGCUCACCUCCUCGAGGCGAGCCAAUCCCUACCCUACCCUAUUUUGGUGCCACUUACUUUCAUAUUUCGUAUCAUGAAUCUCCAACAUCGCGAUAGUGUCCUACUCUUGAUCACAGACUUCGGAGGGUUCUGCUUAUUUUCUUGUGGGAGUUUUUAUGCCACUUCACCUAAGACUAAGACUAAGGUUUGAGACAUCUUUGCAUUUUUGUAGUGGUGAUAAUAGUCAUGGACCUCUCGCAGUGAUAGCAGUGAUCGAUUUACAAAAUGCAGGCGAAGCAAAUAGUUGUAGAGAGCAGCAGGUGUCACGACAAAGUAAGUAUUACCAUUGAGCCUACAGAUGUCCUCGUCAACUUGUUCUUUUCAUCUACUUUCAGCACAAGAAAAAUAUGCCGGCAGGUUCUUCACGGAACUCGCUCGCGCUACAAAAAAAGCGAACGAUUGAAUUGAAUCGCAUGAAAGUGAUCGUCUAGUAGAAUUCUCGCAUCUUUAUUCGCCUAUAUCUUCAGCAAAGAAUGUGAAUGCAUUAUUAAGAGGAAGAAGACUGACGAUGUGAAAAAAAAAUGACCUCACUGAAGUCGUGAAUGUUCGUAUGUCGUAUCCUCCAUGAUAGUACAAACAGGUUUCACACUAAGAAAAAAUGUCCCUGUCUUCUCUUUGAAUCCGUAAAUCCGGGCCACAACCCCGAUUCAAGUCACGCAAGUAGAUGUCCGGGCUGUUGUAAACAAGUAGGCAAAAAAAAAGUCUGUUGGGAUGAAGAUAAGAGUCAGAGAAACGAUGCGCCGGGUCAUUCGGUAGUCAUCGCAAUAAAUGCGAGAACUUGCUAUUGCUAUUGUUUAAAUGAACCGCCUAGUAGCUGCAUAUUCUUGUUGAAAGGACACAACAUUCUGUAGGUCCGUGACUCCAGCUAGCUGAGACGAAUUGACAUGCUUUCUCCAGGCUUCUGCUGUUAUGAACGUAGCCUUCCUCGAGGUUGCUUUGGUUGCAGCGAAAAGUAGAGCAGGCAACGUGAACUGGGUAGAAAUUACUACAUGUUUUCGUGAAGUGAAAAACUACUACUAAAAAUGUAUUCGUGAGCUGAAAAACUGCUAAAAAUGUAUUCUGAUAAACUGCAUUCCGCAGCUGCCGCAUGGGGCCUUUGGCCGAAAGCACUGAAAUUGAAAGGCAUUCGUCAGAUGAGAAAGCCCUCAGCCAUUCAUGAAGUGAGAGUAUCCCCACGUUUUCAUGGAU